UUUGCUCGUGAUCUCAUAGGAAAGCGGAAGAAUGAGGGACAUGCGAAGCAUGACGAGCAAAAUCUUGGGUUUGAGAUCUCCUCAAGCACAAAUUUCCCAGUUGCAGCCGGAUUAGCGUCUUCUGCCGCGGGGUUCGCUGCGAUCGCGAUUGGCAUUGGCCGUUUAUUCAAUCUUUCAAUCACAGAAGUUUCUACUCUUGCGAGACUAGGGUCUGGAAGUGCGUGCCGCAGUGUUUCCGGUGGAUUGGUGGAGUGGUGCGCUGGUUCUGACCCAUCAGGGUGCGACUGCAUCACCAAACAAGUUUUUCCUGAAACAUGGUGGCCCGAACUACGCGCUGUUAUCUUGAUACUUGACGAUGCUGAAAAAGAAGUUGGUAGCAGCAUUGGAAUGCGUAGAACAGUGGAAACAAGCGAGUUAUUGAAGUACCGCGCAGAAAGUGUUGUACCGGAUCGAAUCAGAAGGCUGACAGCAGCAUUCAAAACCCGAAACUUCGAGGAAUUUGCUCGUAUCACGAUGGCAGAUAGCAACCAGUUACAUGCAGUUUGCCUGGACUCUUUUCCACCACUUCGAGUGAGUUAUUUCCUCAGCAGCGCAGUCCCAGUGUCAUGUGGGUUCUGUCUGAGCAGGUGA